AUGGAGUCCACGGAUCUCACGUCUGGCCCGUCAGAAAUCGGUUCCUUGACGGCACAAUCCAACGAAGAGAGCCAAUUUGUCGGUAGUUCUAGCGGUGUUUACUUUAUUAAUACGGUCCGGCAGGCCUUUUCAAGAAACUUGGAUUCGUUAGAUGCAUCUUCCGGACAGGAAUUUCCGCUGCCAGAGGACACCCUCGUUGGCAGCGAUGGCUCGCACCAUGACAGGCGCUCUGCCCCAUCCUCUGUCAAAGCAUCACCGAUGCCCGGGGGCGAGCAACCUUUUUGUCAAUGGGAAUAUGACCCUGCAAUGGCGGCUAUACUGGGUCAAGCCCCGCCGCUAGACACCGCAAGAGAACUCAUGAUGGUAUAUUUCAAAGUUUGGCACCCAUUGUUUCCCUUUCUGCAUGGACCAACCUUCCUGCAAGCAAUGGAACUGCUCUAUUCCGAUCACCGCAAAAGCCAUUCUAUUCCACCAUCGCCAGAUCACCGAAAUACUUGCUGGACGGUGAUCUUCCAGUGCGUGUUCAAUUUAGCUAGCCAUUUGAGACCUGAUUUGCCUCUUCCGUCAGAGUCUCGAAUUGAAUCACCGAGCAAUAUGCAGUCAUUACUCAGUUCUCUGACCUUCAGAAAUGAUCUCUCGUCUUUGCAGGCACUACUGGCAUCUCAACUAUAUUUGGUAACCAAAAUGUCGCUUCGAACGGCAUCCACAGUGGGCGGCUGCAUGCUACGAUCGAUGAUGCAUGCCGGUCUCCACCGCUGUCCAUUCCGAUAUAGGGAGCUUUCAUCGCAUGAUCGGCAGCUACGCAAGAGGAUAUUUUGGUGUGCGUACGCUAUAGACCGGUAUCUAAGCCAGGCUCUUGGUCUCCCUCUUGGCAUACAAGAUUCCGAUAUCGACGUCUGCGCCCCAGGGGCCGACGAAAUCCAUUCCCCUGGAUCACAUAGAGCACACGGCCUUCGAAUGGGCCUGUCUACUUUCAACCUCGAUGAUAGAGCAUCUUAUGCGCCCGAGAGCAGUGCUGAUGCAAUACAACUACCAGCUGAGCAAUCUGUUGGCCAUGAAUCUCACCGCAAUACGCCGAGUGACUCCGAGCCGCUCCAAAACAGAAGAGAAAUCGCCUUCGCAAGCUAUGUUGAAUCCGGCAAACUCACAGGGAGAGCACUGGAACUCUUCCACAAAUCCAUCCUCGUCCGCUCCAUCCGCCGCAGCUCGGUCCUCUUCUUGAUCACCGACGUCCACAAAUGGUGGAAUAGUCUCUCAGUUGAUCUCCAAACCCUAAGACCCCCAACCGAUCAAGGCACCAUGGCCGAUACACCAUUCAACUUCGGACCCUUCUUCACCGUCCUCUACCAACACCUCAUUCUCCUCAUCAACCGGCCAUCUCUCUCCCUAAGCCCCUCCACCCCCGAAUUCUGCUCUGGCCUACAAACCUGUAUCGGAGCCGCACGGGAAAUCCUCACCGCACUCAAAGCCCAAGUAGAUGCAAAGCAGGCGUUAUUCUGGCCCGGAUUCCUAUCCGCGGCGUGGAUGUCAGGUCUUGUACUCGCCUUCGCCUGUCAACUUCGACAAUACGUCUUAUCUAAAGGAUUACAAGAAAUCUCCAAAUGCCUCGACUUCCUCCAACUUAUGUCUUCGCAGUGGGAAACCGCCAAAAACUGCCACCGAGCAUUAACCCUCCUAUCCCGAAACAUCCAACGCUCAAGCACAGCCCCAAGCCUACACAGACCCGAGGACAGUAGCGAUCUCGACACCCGCAAGAAACGCCGCCUGAACUCCCAUCCUGUAACGAGGCAUUCUCGAUUAGGGUCUUCAAAUUUCGAGACAACCCAUGAUGGAACGGUGCAUCCUAGCGACAAGGACGAUGAUACUAAUGACCCCUGUUUGAGCGCCUCAAAUAUAUCGUACUCCAAUGAUGUACAAGUGUCGGAUAAUCCACCUGGUUUGGUACAGGGUGGGAAUAGGUCAUUGUUGUCUCCUAAUACGGUGCAAAGUCCGGAGGACCGGCUUUUCUUUCCGGAGAGUAGUUCGAUGAUGGAUUUCGAUCUGAAUAUGGUCGAUCUGUUGCAGGGGGCGAACUUGGAUGAUUUGUUUGAUAUGUUUGGGCAGCAGUAUCCGAGUUUUUGA